ACUUUUCCUUUGGUUGCCUUGCAGGAAAUGAGAACAGCGAGGCCCUGCCCGAGUCCAUCCCCUCGGCCCCGGGGACCCUGCCCCAUUUCCUGGAGGAGCCGGACGAUUCCUACAUCAUCAAGAGCAACCCCAUCGUGCUGCGCUGCCGGGCCGUGCCCGCCAUGCAGAUCUUCUUCAAGUGCAACGGGGACUGGGUGCACCAGAACGAGCACGUGUCCCUCGAGAGCCUGGACGAGGCCACAGGGCUGAAGGUGCGCGAGGUUUCCAUCAACGUCACGAGGCAGCAGGUGGAGGAUUUCCACGGCCCCGAGGAUUACUGGUGCCAGUGCGUGGCCUGGAGCCACCUGGGCACCUCCAAGAGCAGGAAGGCGUCGGUGCGCAUCGCUUGUGAGUAAAUCCCGCUUUUCUGG